AUGUGCCACUUUCAGGUCUCCUCACACUGCUGGUGGGUUCCAUUUUGUCAUAGGGUGCUGGCAGAUUACGGGCCUCCCAUUGCUGCUGCCAGGCCCGUAAUCUGUCAUGGGCCCCUGUACCGCCUCCUCAUGCUGCUGCCAGGCCCGUAAUCUGCCAUGGGCCCCCGUACAGACUCCUCAUGCUGCUGCCAGGCCCGUAAUCUGUCAUGGGCCCCUGUACUGCCUCCGCAUGCUGCUGCCAGGUCCAGAGUGUGUCAUGGGUCCCUGUACGGCCUCCCAUUGCUGCUGUCUCCAUCGCCACACUCUGCCAUGUGCCACUUUCAGGUCUCCUCACACUGCUGGUGGGUUCCAUUUUGUCAUAGGGUGCUGUAUGGCCUCCCAUUGCUGCUGCCUCCACCGCCACACUGUGGCUCCACACUCUGGUUUUGGCCCCGUGACUGCCCAAAUGAGUGAAGUGUGCGGUGAUUCUAAGAUCGACGGCACUCAUCUGCAUGUCAUACUGACUGACAGUAUUAUUUCUCUUCCCCAGCAGACUCCAAGGGCAUUUAAAUUAAAGGUACAGUGUUCUGCACUAAUAUAA